GAGACGAACAGAACGUACAGUUCCUAGUAACACAUUGUUUUGUCAAAAUUUACUAUUUUUCAUGAAAUUCAAAAUUAUUGUUCGCCUUCCAGUUCCGGCAGAACGUUUCUCAUAUAGCCAGCGAGCAGUCAAGCCCAUUGAGCGACUUUUAAGCUGAUUUGUGUAUUACCGUUGGCCUCUGAUGAUCUUUGAAAUAUAUCUGCAGUUUUAUCUGUUGCGGCAUAACGAGAAAGUGGUGCUAUCCAGGAGCAAUUUAUAGAGGAACAAUCACAUUGAACGCGCCGUUGGGCAGACUUGCGGGCGGGACGAAGAGCACGGGGGACAGCAACGUCGAAAGACUACAUAAGACUAGAGGUCACCAUGUCGAGUCAUAGUUAUCGCACCACCACCGUAGAGUAUUACGAGUAUCUGAUGCCGGAAUCCCGUGAAUACGACUUUGAAUCGAUACACUGGCCUUUGCAUGCUGCUAUUUCGGAUAGCUACGUGACGCGACCACUUUGCUCUUUUAACUAUCUGACUUAUCUGCAAGACCAUUUGGCAAUGGCUGGCGACAACAAUCAGCAUAGUGAGCUUAUCUACGACACGGUUCAAUGUCCCCAAAGGCAGACUAUAUAUGAAUUUAGUGAUCAGGAGGAACCACAUUCUACAUACGCGUUGCCUAAUCAAACAAAUGAGGAUCAAGCAGCAGAUAUUGCCAAGGAACAUGAGCGUGAAACUGGGGAUGGAGACGCUUCAGCAUCGGAACCACAUACCGAAGAAAAGCAUCGUGGCAAAAAAAAUAUCUACCGCACAAAGCAGGGCUAUUUGGUGGAGGAGCCCACCAGCGAAUCCGAGGAGGACCAAGAAGGCACAACGUAGACUUUCUGGCUAAUCAAUAAUAUUUUUGGAUGGAUGGCAGGCUUGCCGCAACGCAUUGAACGACAUAAUAUCAGUUCGAAUAAUUGUGUUAGCCGUUACGCUUAUGUUAAUAUUUAAAUGUUAAAUGACCAGAGUCCUGAUGCCCAUGUACAGAACAUACAUAUAUAUUUUUGAACAUACACAUAUACGCAAGCACAUACAUAUGCAUAUUUUUUAUUGUUUCUUUGUUGUUAAACGUAAGCCUGCUGAA